UCAGAUUACAUGUGGAUAGUGUAUAUUGGCACAGUUACCACUUUAUUGCCCUUUAUCUUUGCCCCUCUUUUCUUUGCUCACAGAUACCCAUUCCUCCUCACUGCACACUUCUCAUGUCUCUGCCUUUCUUCUUUAGGUAAAUUCCCCUCUCAUGUUUCCCAGUCUCCGUUAAUUGCUGCCUAAUCCUGUUAAAAAAAAAUCCCCCCCAUCCUGUGCAGGUCCGCCUGGUUGGUGACUGAGGGAAAAUUAUGUUGUAUGGACAUUUUUAUUGGUGUCUUUUAAGUAUUUCUUAAUGUGGCCAUUAGCAUGCAGUGUGUCCAGUGGGAAAAUGAUAGUUUCACAGCCCCUCCCUAUCCCAGACUUAUGCACUCUGGUUUUCACUGGAGCUGAUACCUUCAGAGCAUAGAUGAGAGCAACCUAAGCUUUGAAUAGAAGCACAAGGAGGGGCAGUAGCAUCAGUGAGUAGUGGUAGAUGAUCUCACAACAAUGAUCAUCUAGGAACAGCAGUAAAGUGGUGGUGGGGAUCUCCUGGAAAAUGGGGGCUUUGCUUAGAAGUCAACAGCUGGGAUCCCGUUUGGAUUCUAUGAUAACAGUGGAGACAGUUAUGCAUCCCACCUCAUGGAUCCUAGCUGGCCUCAUGGUCUUCCUUAUGUCGGGUGCAGUGACCUCUUGCCCUGAGUACUGCAGGUGUUAUGGGACUUUGAUGCAAUGUCUGGAACCGAACACCAUCAGCAACAUCUCGCUCCUGAGAGACGUGGAGAAUAUCACAGAAGUUGUUAUUGAGAACCAGAAGGACUUGUUGAACCUAACUCAGAUAGACAUGAAGAACUUCAGAGAGCUGAAAAAUCUGACCAUUUCUAAUACUGGGCUAAGGUAUAUUUCUGAAGAUGCUUUUCACAUGAACCCACGAAUGACUCACAUUAACCUGUCUUCUAAUUCACUGGUGUCGUUGUCUUGGAGGACAUUUUAUGACCUAUCUCUACAGGAGUUAGUCCUGACUGAAAACCCAUUUCAAUGUUCCUGUGAAGUGAGGUGGAUUCAGAUCCGUAGAGAAGAAGGCUGGGCAGAUCUUGGAAACCAAUCAUUAAGUUGCUGGAAAGAUGGUUUUGAAAUUUUCAUAGAAGACGACAACAUUUCCCACUGUGAUCGCCCCAAUGUCUUCAUUACAGAACAAAAUCUAACAGUUCUUCAUGGGGACAACUUGACCCUUCAGUGUAAUGUAGCUGGUCAGCCAACACCAAAAGCUAAAUGGAUUGUACCAGAUCUACAUGCACAAUAUGAGACUGAGCAGUCUGUUGGUCCCGAUUUUGAGAUCUUCCUGCAUCUCUUCAACAUCUCUUCUGGGUUUAACAAGCGUGAUGUCACCUGCUGGGCUGAGAACAUGGCUGGUCCCACCAAAAAGUCUAUCCAGAUAGAUGUCCAUUUCCCAGCAGUAAUAAUUGACUUGGGUGAAGUGAUUCAUCAACAUCACUCCUGCAUUCCUUAUACAAUAGAUGGAAACCCUGCGCCAGAGGUUAGCUGGCAACUAAAUGGAGAGACUCUGUUUAUGAAUAUCUACAUAUUCACAAGGCCGCUUGAGUACAGAGAAAAUGGAACCCUUAUCCAUGGUUGCCUGUAUUUUAAUAAUCCAACGCAUGUCAAUAAUGGUAAUUACACAUUACUAGUGAGGAACCGGCUUGGAGAGGACAGUAAGAGUGUCUACAGUAUCUUUAUGAAUAAUCCAUUUGACUUUAACCCAGAGGAGCCCAUUCCAGUGUCAUUGUCCCCAUCUGGUGGAGGCAACAGCACGUACGUGAACCCAGUGGAGACAGUGGAUGACAACACAUUUGGGGUCUCUGUGGCUGUGGGCCUAGCUGUCUUUGCUUGCCUGUUUCUUCUUGUUAUGCUGAUUGUACUUAAUAAGUGUGGAAGGCAUUCUAAGUUUGGGAUCAACCGAGCAGCAGUGCUGGCACAGGAAGAUGAUUUAGCCAUGUCUUUGCACUUCAUGAAUUUUGGCAACAGCCCACUCACCUCUGCAGAAGGAAAACUGGAUGGGAAUAAGCACAAUUUUAUUGAAAACCCACAAUACUUCUGUGAUGCCUGUGUUCAACACAUCAAGAGGAGAGACAUUGUGCCCAAAUGGGAGCUGGGAGAGGGGGCCUUUGGGAAGGUGUAUUUGGCUGAGUGCUACAACCUGACUCCAGAUGAAGAAAAGACUCUAGUAGCUGUAAAGGCUCUUAAAGAAGCAACCGAGGCGGCCCGACAGGACUUCCAGCGUGAAGCUGAGCUUCUCACAGUCCUUCAACAUGAACACAUUGUGAAGUUUUAUGGUGUCUGUACUGAUGGCGAGCCACUCAUCAUGGUAUUUGAGUACAUGAAACAUGGAGAUCUCAACCGGUUCCUCAGAUCCCAUGGACCAGACGCCAAGAUUUUGGAUAACGGCAAUGGGCAACCAUUUGGCCAGCUCAACCUGACCCAGAUGUUACAAAUUGCCUCCCAGAUAGCCUCAGGCAUGGUUUACUUGGCAUCUCUUCACUUUGUCCACCGGGAUCUUGCUACAAGAAACUGCCUUGUAGGAACCAAUCUAGUUGUUAAAAUUGGUGACUUUGGAAUGUCUCGAGAUAUCUAUAGCACUGACUACUACCGGGUCGGUGGUCGGACAAUGCUGCCCAUCCGUUGGAUGCCACCUGAGAGUAUCUUGUACCGUAAAUUUACCACUGAGAGUGACAUAUGGAGUUUUGGUGUGGUCCUGUGGGAGAUCUUUACCUAUGGAAAGCAGCCAUGGUACCAGCUUUCUAAUACAGAGGCGAUAGAAUGCAUUACCCAAGGACGAGAACUUGAAAGACCAAGAACAUGUCCUACUGAAGUUUACACCAUUAUGCAAGGCUGUUGGCAGAGAGAACCUCAGCAGAGGCUCAACAUUAAAGAGAUCCAUCGCAAGCUUCAAGCUCUUGUCAAGGCCCCGCCGGUGUAUCUAGACAUUCUGGAGUAGAGUGUGCAGCAAGUCAAAGACAGCCAUAAUAGCGUUACUAUCUUCUGUAAAUCCAUCAUUGUUACCCACUGCAGAAGAAGCUUUGCUAAUGUGUCACCCCAGCUUUCUGACUGAUGUAAGGUCCUAGAUCUCAAGAAUUACACCUUUUAAUCUUCUAAAUUCUGGGGGAAUUCCGCUCAGGAACCUCAAAAGCCAAGAAAGCUCCAAGUAGAAUCAGAAUAUGGAGUGUCCUGUUUGUUACGCACAAAUUAUAGGCAUCAGAAGGACAAGGCUAUAACAGCACAAGGGAGACCAUACCAAAAUGUCUUCUGGUCAACUAGAGCUGAAGAUAGACAAUGGUUAAUAAUAAUGACCUAUACAUUAAAUUCACCAAUAUUCUAGGCGAAAUUAAAGAAAUGUUAAAUAUGUGGUUUCUCAGUAAUAUUUCAAAUUCAUUAAAUCCCCCUGGAUUGAUCUGCACUGUAGACACUUGUGUUAAUAGAAAAGUCAUAGCAAAGUCAACUAUACCAUGGCUCUCGAUGAUUUUGUCCUGGUGGAAGUUUCUCAGACUUAUUUUCAAUAUCUCCUGUGUCUAUUGAGGUUUACUUGAAAAUAGCUUUCUCCUACCCUCUAUGACAAUGGACAUUAUCACAUAAAUGUUAAUUUAUUAGAAUUCUAUACUCUGUACACAUCACUGAUGUAAAAUAACUUGUUUCAGUUGUGACUGAAAUUUGAAUUGUAUAAUUGAAAGAAAUGUCAUUGGAAUAAGCUAGAUAUUUUCAGUUCUCAUUUUACAAAUUUUCAUGUAAACUAUUAAACAGUGGACAUACCGAGUUAAUCUACAAGGAAAGUUGAGCAACAGUGUACAUACAGUACAUUGCUUCUCUGUAGUGAUCCACUUACAGCAUGUAUUAUACUUCAGAGCUGCACUCACUAUUCUGCUUGUGGAGUGACAAUUACUAAUUGUGUAGUGAUCCUUAGUUACAUCCUGUAUUUACCAUUCUGCUAAUACAGUCAUAGGUUACAUACAUUACUAAUUCUGUACCAAUCCUUUCUGACCUUAUGAUGACACCUUCAUCUUACAAUCUUCAUAAUCACAUAUUGGUAAUAGCAUGCCAGUCACUUUCCAAGCAUUUCAUGUAGCAGAAAGUGUGCAACACAGUGUCUUAAAAUAAAAGCUUAAGAAAGUGAAGUGGGAUAACCAGUGUUGAUAGAUUCAAGCAAAACCAAUGAUGAUUAAAAGGUAUUCCCUAUAUUGGAAAUGGGGAAGACCCUUUAAAUAGAAAUGCAGGACAGUUUUUUUUGGUGUAGGUUGCCUUUAUUGCUAGCUGAUCUAUACACCAAUGACAUAGCGGGAUAGAGCAUGCCAUACACUAUGGUAAAGACUGCCAGCUGGCAGAGGAAGUGAAAUUUCCAAACCAGGGGUCUGCAGAUCUGCGGAGUUCAGGGUUUAUCACAAGACAGCAACAGGGAUAAGAGCUUACAUAGCGAUGGUUUACCUAUACUUAGCACCUUCUGCCUGGCUGGGACCAAGAUGCUAGGUGUAAGAGGGGAAAGAAUAAACCUUCAGUAAAUAUUUAUUGGAAUGUAGCACUGACCAAAAAUCAUGCAAUGCUUUCAAAAAUUAUGGAAUGCUUUUUCUGUCUAAACUUCAAACCUUAGAAGUAUAGAGGUAAAGGUUCCAUAGAGUGGGAAACAUUACUUAGAGGUUCCUCAUGGUUAAAGAAUCACUACAGUAACACAAACAGAAAAUUGGGCCCCCAAAGAAAAUAAAGUAAGGUUCAAUUCCAGGUCUACAAACCAUUACUGCCAUCCCACCACUCAGAAUGGUGGGAUUAAGGUAUAACUAAAUUAUGUAGCAAGAGGUAAUAGUUUUGUGUCAGGACAAAUCCUGGAAGCAUGAAAUGCAAUGCAGCAGAUACUAGGUUCCUCUUAUUUACCACAUAAUAUAUUAUGGAAUAAGUGAUAUAGAGUAUCACUUAUGUAGCAUUAUGUUGGCUAGUAACACUCAUGUUAGACAUGGACUUGAAUUAUGUUUGUGCCUACAGGGCCUCAUUUAGAAUAAGAAUGGAGAUAUGUUUCUUGUGCCAAAAUUAUUCAGAAUUUGACAUGUCCAUUAGCAUUCCAACCCUUCCUCUUGUUGUGCUUGGCUAUAUCGUAUACGUUAUAUAUUUCAAAUGUAAGCUCUCAGGACAAGGAACUUAAUUCAAUUAUUAUCUCCACCUUUUCCUCCUCCUAUAUGUGUAGACUGUUCGGGAUGUUCUUAUUAUUUAAGCUAGAUUGUAUGCUCUUUGGGCAGGGACCCUUGACACCUUUUCCCCAAUACUCUAUCUUGCACUUAUAUUUUCUUUGCACUUGUAUAUUACACUUUCUACUGUAUUUAUUUUGUUUUGGUAAUGAACAGAGUUGGCUCUUAGUCAGAAUAAAUAAUC